CGUGAUGCGGCCGAAGCAAGAUGGGGGCCGCUGGCAGUUGUGGUAGCGGUGAGAUUUUGUUCGUUUGCUUUGUGAUUCUUUAGGCAGGCACCUCAUAAUUUUUCUUUCUGUUACUACAGGGAAAUUGGUGAAGCAAGAAAUACCAACAUUUAAGAUUGUUCUUGUCGGUAAGUAGUGCAUUAGCUCGGUGUUUUGCGUUUGAUACGUGAAAUGUCUCGCAGAUUUAUAAAGUUCAUUCCUUGUUGUAUGCAAUAAUGUGUGUUCGUUAACGUAGAUUUAUUCGCAUCUGUAGGUUUGAAAAUAGGCGAAAAUUUAAUAAUCUCUUUUAGCAAGUUUUCUAGCCCGCCGCUUGUUUAUUGAGGGGAACCGCGAUCAAUUCAGGGUUGUACGCACAGCUUUGUUGAAAGAGCGAGCGCUUUGUUUACUUCGAUACAAAGCUAUUUGCCCCAGUCUUUUGGCUAAGUUUUACACUGUUCUGCCUUACAACGGUAUUCAAUUUAUUGGGAAAACAAUUGUGCAUUGAUUUGGAUUUAGUAAAUCUUAGGGCGAUCAUUUAACGACGUGCAAGUUUUUCAUCAGUGACUGCAUGCUUGUAAAUUGUGUUUUAUUUGCAAUGUCAUUGUUUAACACAUUCAUGAUUUAUGAUUUCAGCUCAAAUCUUUUAUCUAUAAACUCAUUGAACAGUUGAGUUUUGUUAUGCAGUUUUUGAAAAAGCUGAAGCUUUCAGUAGCGGGAAAACUAUCAUAAUUAUCCACGACGAUAAGUAAAGCACCACUUGAAGUGAUGAGUAUCUCGGAAGCGAAAACAAGGGAAAGUGUAAUUUUAAAUUCCUUGUAUCAAGCUACCCCGUCUUUCACCAAACCCCAUCUAGAGCAUUAAGGUUCUAAGACCCCAGCGGGUUUUAUUAAGCAAUAGACUACACUUUCUGUGUGUUUACCGGCGUGAUAACCCACUUGGAUGUUCGGAGAACACGAGAGAAGCUUGUCGUCUCCUGAUUUACAAGCUUUUCGAGUGCAGUUUCGACAGUGAAGGAAAAUGAAAUUUAAAACUAUGAACUAUGACGUAGUAUUCUUGUGAUGUUCAAUUUUGAGAUGUUAUUAUUUAGUUAUUUUAUUUAUUUAUUUUAUUUUACUUUUACAUGAUACGAUAUAUUUUUAGAAUGUGAAGACGGAACCCAAUUUUCUAAACUCGAUAAUAUAAUAUUCUUGUGAUGUUCAAUUUUAUUUUAUUUAUUUACUUUUUGUUUCUUCCUACACACUAACAUUGUAUUUUUAGCUAACAAUUUUUUAAUAAAAAUCAUGUCAUUCAGUAAAAAAAAGAAUCUCUAGGAGAGCUUGUUAUACAUGUAUAAUUCUACUAACAACUUAUAAAUAUAGUAAUCAUAUGAAAUUUUAAUGUGUUUAUUUAGGUGACCCUGAAGUAGGAAAAUCCAGCAUAUUUUUACGGUACACAAAGAAUCAGUUUGACUACAGUUAUCAGCCCAGUGUGUCUGUAAGCAUAGGAAAUGUUGUGAAACAUGUCAAUAUUCCAUAUGAAACUAUUGUAUCUGUGGCAUUAUGGGACCUUCCUGGCCGAGAGGAAAUGGACUUGAGAAGAAGUUACUACAAAGAUGUGGAUGCUGCCAUAGGUGAGAAUUAUAGUUCAAAGAGGACAGUUGGCAAAUGUGGCUUGGGUUCAAAUCCUGGUGUUGAAGCCAUAUGUGGGUUGAGUUUGCUAUUGGUUCUCUCCCUUCCCUCGAGAGGUCGUUCUCUGGUUACUCCAGUUUUCCCCUCUCUUCUAAAACCAACAUUUCCAAUUUCCAAGUUUGGCCAGGAAUGGUACAUGAAGAGCCACUUUGUGGAUGUGCUGUCUCUAAAUCAUCGUCAUUGUCAAGUUGAUGUUGUUCGAAAUCUCUAAGUUGUAACUGUUCAUAAGAUGGCUAAAAUGUGUGCAAUUCCAAGUGUUGGCUUCAGCUCCUUUAGGGAUGAGCUACUGUAAGAAAAAAAUAAGCAGGCUUAAUACUAUUUGUUAUUUGUUUUAUUAGUGAUAAGCUGGCUUUUUAUUUAAUGCACCUUCAGAAUUACCACACAUCUUUCAAUUGUUUUCCACUGCAAAUUGAGGCAUUUAACAUUGGUACGCUCUUUUCCACUGGCGAAAUUCACUUGCCGCCCCCUCUAUUAAAUAGCUACCUGUACCUUCCUGGAAGUUAUGUUGUGACUCAAUCUUUUUUCCUCAAUCCUGGUUUGAAUCUAUCACAGCUGGUUACAUUUUGCAUAUAUCCAAAACCAAAAAGCAAAAUGUAGCCUUAAUCUGAGAAAUAGCCAAAGACAAAUGUGUUGUCUUUGCAAAACAGACAGACCAAGCAAUUGUAUGUAGGCGAUUUUAUUAGGUGAUUUUUAUGGAUCACAGAAAACAUGGCUUUACAUGUCUUAUCAUGAUAUUUGUUUGUUUUCAUUUGUAAAGUUUUAUCCAAUUCAACUCCUAGCUGUUAUUUCAAAGAUAUACUCCACUGUAUCUAUCCAUCUACAUUAACCUAUAGCGAAAAAAGUAGUGAAUGAUAACCUGAGACUAGCAGAUUUUCAAUCAUGGUUGCUACAUGAAAUGGAUUCUGUUCUUAACUUACCUGACACACAUUUUUAUUAACAUUGUUUUCCUCAGUUGUGGUUGAUAUGGAUGAUAUUGACUCUGUAACCAUGGCAGGUACUUGGAAGCAGGAUAUUGUUAACAAUGCUGUGUUCACAGACAGUUCUGGGAAUCCAAAGGAGAUCACUGUUGAAUCUAAUAAAUUCAUACCAAUUUUGCUAUUGGGAAACAAGGUUGACAAGGUAAGCUUAAUGAUAAAAACAUAUAUUUUACAAACAUUUGUAAUGGUGUUGCAGGGCAAGUUUGUGCCGCCCGUCAUACAAGGGUCUAAAAUUUUGUGACUCAGCAGAGCUAUUAAUAUCUUCCCUUAAUUUCUCUUAAACUUGGCACGUUUAUUUAUUUUAAAGCCAUCAUAAAUAAUUUUUAAUUGUUAUAAUAAUAUUGUUAUUGGAGUGUCCGUUGAAAUUCACUUUCUAAUCCUUGCCAAAGUUAAAACAUUCAUUGUGUCUUUUCAAAGUUAUGUCAAUAAUUAAGUGCUUAGUUUUUGUGCUUACCUUACUAUGCUGAUUUUAAUUAUAAAAUUGCACAUCAUAUCAUAUGCCUGUAAAAUUUUGUGUUUCAUAUUUAAACAAUAUAUUGAGUUUAACUUUCAUUUCUCUUACAAGAAUGUAGUUUGAAAACUGGGUGUCUAAUGUAAAGAAAGAAUUAAUGUUGUGCAAUACUCAAAAAGGAAUAUUGUUUUUGUUUUUGUAUUUAUUGUAUUUAUUAUUGUUUUUACCAGCUGAAAUAUCAAAAGACAGAGGAUGAAACAAAUGAAUUGGAAGAUAUGACAAACUUAGAGACAGUGAGGGUGUUAGAGGGUGUUGCAUUACAACAUGGAUUUGUAGGAAGGUUAGUACAGACAGUAAUAAUUAUUAGUAAAACCCAACUAGUGGUCUAUUAACAUUGCUGUGUUCUGAUUGGCUGGACUACUACUGGGCUAUAUGUUAUAGCCUCUAGUAGUGAAAAAUGAUGGCUUUUUGGCAGCCAAAAAGGAUUAAAGUCUAGCUUUAACUUAGCUAAAGUGGUGUUGUCGCGAUAUUUUUGACCAACUAGUUGUAUUUUACUAAAACAAUACUCCUCUUGCCCUCGUGGCCUCCAAGUCAAUAGCCCAUGAGGCUGACUCAGAGCCUUUUCAGGCUUGAGGAAUAAUAAUAUUGUUAAAUAAUAUCAUUUUUGGCACGUGUCAUUUCAUUUUCUUCAGUGUACAUGUGUUUUCAAAAAUGUUAUUAAUGUCAUUGGCUGCUCACCCUCUACAGGUCAUGGAAAACGUGGAAAUUUACGAAUUUCAUUCCAGGCCUGGAAGGUCAUUAUUGAAUUUCAUGGAAAAUUAAAGUUAUGUUAGAUAAAUUCCUGCAGACUGUUGCAGCAAGGACAAUUUUAGAUAGAUGCAAUAGAAAUUAAAUGACGCAAAUGUGCACUCAUUUUGUUGAACACCAGACUUUGCGUAUGUUUAGCCUGUGAGUAGGCUUACUUGUGUGAGUUCGGGGAAAAUUUUGGCUAGCACAAAAGUCACUUUUCCUUAUUAUAUGCUCGUGGCUGCACUGCCAAAAUUUUCCCCAACCUCGCACAAGUGAGCCGCUCGCAGGCUAGUGUCCAGUUUAACUGGCUUAGGUCAAAACAAUGAAAAUUUUGAAAAUUAAUUUUUCAUUAGUCACAGCUACAUGUAAACUUUAAGGUCAUGAAAAAUUUUGAAAGGUCACGCAAAAAGUCAUGGAAAGUCAUAGAAAAUGAAGAGCUCGAAAGAGAAUAAACACUGACUGGGUAUAAUGUAUAUUUGUGAAGACUUUCGUGAAAGUAGGCCAGUUAAAGAAAAAAAAAUCAACAUUUCACUGUCUGGAACUUAAACAAAUCUCAAGCAUUUCCUCUAAAACCCUCAUAGCAUUAGUCAGCUUCUCUUUCAUACACCUCCGGUCAAGUUUAUCCAAUAAUUUGUAAUUUAUAAUGCUUGUACAAUGAUAGAAAUCGGUAAAUGAAAAGUCAAGUUCGACUUGUAACUAGAGUUUUCAAAUCUAGUUCACACCUCAAAGGUUGGUAAGUUUUUGCAUACUUUUUACCGAACACUGCUGCAAACAUUGUUUAAUUUUGUCUAAUUGUAUUUCAAAUACAAUUGCUAUGUUGUAAAUUGUUCUACUGUGAAUCGAAAUAAAGAAUAUUCCUUAUAAAGAGCCAGAAAACCUGACCAACAACUUACCUGAGAGAUUAUCCACCAUCUUGGAUUACCCAUAAUGCAUUACAAAGGCAGCUGAAAGUAAAAUCGCUAUAAAACAAUUUUUUUUACGUUGUUUUUAUUCUUUAUUGGUAGCAUCGAAUAAAAGAAAACAUAUUAAUUUUUUCAUCUCUUUCUUUGUUUUAGAAGGUUUAAUGUUUAUCUUUUCUUCUCUGGCACUUUAUUGUCUCUGUAAGGUCUGCUUUUCAUAGAGCACUAUUUUCCACACUUUUUAAUUUCAAAAAAAAUAUAACAAAGCUGCCAGUUAAAAGUUGCUAUCAUCAAAAAUUUUAAACAACUUAAGUUAGUCUUUAAAUUGAUAUAUGUCACUCUUUCUCCCUUGAAGUGGUAAGAAAAUCUGGUCGGGCCCAUGGACUAUAAGGAGUACACAACAAACUACAUGUAUACGUGACUAAAAGCACCUUCUCUGAUUGUGUUUUAGUGUAACAGUAUCAGCCAAAGAGAGUGAUAAUAGUGUACAUGCUGCAAUCCAGUCCCUCGUACGGCACUUACUUCAGCAGAAGAUGAAAAAGGCCAGGCAGUCUUCGAAGGGAGGCAUGUUCUCCAAGAACGAAGAGAUUGAAGAGAAGAACUAUGUUACGAUAAGCCCUUUGGAAAUUUCAGAGCAAAAGGAAUUCAUACCUCUUAUUGUCACAAAAGUUCCUGAGGUACUGUACCAGUCAUAAAAAUAUGUAAAUGUUUUGUUGUAUGGUGACAUCCACUCUAACCUUUUGUUUUUAAUAAUUAGAAUUACCAAAAGGAAGGUAUUUUUCCUUUUUCCGUCCAAAUCUCCCCUCCUUUUUUCCUUUCAUUUGCAUAAUUAAUUAAUUUUACUUUAUCACUCUGAGGAAAGAAGGACAUUAUUAUAAAGACGUUUUGGUCAAUUCGUUUAUUCGCCCAACCGUUUAACUCUUUUGGUUAUCCGUUGAAACGGACGUGGAAUCCGUUUAAACGCUUGUGGUAAACGUUUACAUCCGUUUAGCUUCCGUUUACAAUCCGUUUUUUUUUUUGCCCGUUAAACGGAAAAGCGUUAGUGUCCGUUUUCGCUUUCCAGAUCACAUGUACAAUGUAAAUGGACUAUUAUGCUGUAGCUUAUGGAUUUCUGUUCCAGGAAAUGCUCUAUUUCUAAACUGUUUUCAGAUCAUCACAUUCACUCUCAUUUGUAUGCAUGUACAUGCAAAAUGAACUGAAUGGAGCGAAAAGGAAUACAUUUUUUUUUGAUCAACGACUAAAUCCAUUUCUCAUUCUGUAGACGCCAAAUAGCUUAUGUUCCACUGUAGAUGGACUUACACUGUUAUUUGACUUGUUACGUCUCAUUUGAAACUCCCUUAUGGGUAACCGUACUUUCAUUAGAAAAUUCUAGAAAACUUGUUGUCUCUUUACCGAAAUUAAUUUUCUGACGACCUUUUUUUAGCAGUAAUCGCAAUAUCUUGGUAAAACAUUUUAGGUAAGUUACAGUCAAACCCAGCUUUAUGGACACCCGCUUAAUACGGACACCUCAUUAUUACAGACAGUUUGCUUUGUCCCUGGGGAAAGAAAGCCCUUACAUUUUCUCUAAAUUUAACCUGCUUAAUACGGAGACCCAGGGUUAGUACGGAUACUUUCUUCCAGUAUCCGUAUUAAGGGGAUUUGACUGUACUAGAAAUAUUUCAAAUAUCUAAGACCAAAAGCCAUAAUGGGACAGGUCCCAUUUGAUCAUAAGACAAAUGGUAAGGGUAUCCAAAAAUUUUUAGCCUUCCUCGAACUUUAAACUUUUCUCCUUUGAACAGUGUUACUUUACAGUCGUUGGGUGCCCCUGAUUUAAGGAAACAAGUCGAUCUGUUUUAAGCGUCUUGUGAUUUUGUUUUGCCUUCCAGUUUGAUGUUUUCUUUUCGGAAUGUAAUGCUCCCAUAAAAACAGUCCAGGAAACAAGUACAGGAUUACUUGAUGCCAUGAAUAAUUUCAAGAGGGCAUGCAGCAUAGCUGGUGUAACGGGCAGCGCAAAGGCUUCACUCGAAGAAUGCGUUGAUGGAUUAAAGCAGCUGAUAAGAACAGAUGAUGAUGAAGAUGGACUUGAGGUUUGCAACUUAACCGAAAGUAAAGACAUUAUUUAAAGGGGCCAUGUCACGGCUAGUUAAAGGAGCCGUGUCACGAAAUUCAGCCAAAUUAAAUGCCCGUUAAAUUAAGAGAAACAUAAAAAAUAACCGCCUAAAACAUUAAAGGGAGGUUAAAAUAACACAACGGAAGCAACAAAUGCCACGGAUGGGCAAAACUGAAGAAGACUGAAAAGGAUUUAAAUUAGGGUUUUUGAAAACUGUUCAGCCAAACAGUUUUUCAAAGUUGAUCCCUGCUGCUUGCAACUUCAAAAAUAAUGCACGGGAGACAUAUUUGUUUGUCUCGGAUCUCUGUUUUUGUCAUUUACCUAUAAUUUCUUUGCCUACUUUAAGUUCCAUAGCGAUUGAGGGCGAGUAAUUGGAAAAAUUAAACAAAAUGAACUAGACUGCCGUGACACAGCCCCUUUAAAUAGUGAAUGACAAAAUCACGGCCUCGUGUCAAACAAAUCGUCUCCCGAACAUUAUAUAAGACGAUACAAACAACAAAAAUUAACUUUGAAAGAAUGUUAGACUAACGAGUUUUCAAAAACCGUAAUUGUAAUCCGUUUCAAUCUUCUUCAAGUUUGUCCAUCCGUUCCUCCUUUUGUUUUUACUGUGUUGUUUAAACCUUCAUUUAACGUUCUGAGUGGUUAUUUUUGUUUCACUUAAUUUUGUGGCAGGUCUGACUGUUUAUUAGUAAAUUUUGAUAAAUUUCGUCACACAGCUCCAGGACGCUUUGCCAGGAAAGACGCGGAAUGCGAACCCUUUGUCUUGAAAGACGCGAAAUACUUCGUUGUUUUAAGCGAUCAAAAUGGUGACUUUAAUAGAUGGACAAUCUUCUUUUUACAUGUUCUUUUCGUACAUGUGAAAGGAAGAUGAAGUAGGUUUUAGGGAUGAAGAAAAAACGCCCCCUUUUACUCGUGUGGAGAUCUGGAACUACCGAACAUCUCCGUUGCAGUUCUUUUGUCACGUGACCGUCCUUAGUUCACCUGACUGUUUUGAACCAUGCACUUUCUACCGAUGAAGGCUGAGCGAUUCAGCCGAAAUAUUUAAGAACAAAAUUAUCAUGUUUCCGGUCUACGAUUCCUUUAAACUUAGGUCAGCGGAAAGUGAAAUGAACUUUUAAACUGGACUUACAUGUAUGUCCUUUCAUGAAGGAAAAAAAGCCUGAUAGCAGGUUUAGAACCCUAGCUGGUAAAAGGCAAACCAGUUUGUUCGAAUUUCUACCUUCUCUUUUGGGUAUCAACAGUCCAUUACUGUUACUUUCCUCUUUAGGCACAUGAGGAUGGAGGGUACAUAAAGCUAGUGGUCAAGGAUGAGUGUAAAGAUCGUGUUCCUGGUCCUGUUCAGAGGGUACUCAAAUCAUUUCACAAUGAGGUAAGAGGGCCCACCCCUUUUGCUUCCCCAUUUCCGAAGAAUAACACGUUCCUGUAAAAAAAUAAGUUUACUUUGUAGUUUCUAAAGUACAGUGGCUAACAGUGGCCAUCAAAUUUCAAACGUCAAGUUUUAAGUGAUUUUUCGAAACUGCUAACUCAAUUAAAUUAAUCAGGUUUUCAUUUUCACAUGCACUCUAUUGAAACUGUAUACAGUUAAUUUUCAUGUCCAUAUUAGUCUCUAUUACACAUUAUAUUUCAGCCUAACGUUAGCUACAAGUACAUCUACAUAAACAAGCUUGCCACAUGAUCCUCUUGUAAAAAUUGCAUUUUUAAAUCACUUAGUUAAAUACUAUUACUAAUUAAACAUUCGGACCUUAAAUAAUGGAUGUAUUUAUUGAAGCAGACGGAGGAACCGCCUCCCAGUAAGCCCAAUUGGGUCAGCGCCGGUCUGAAUGCUGGAGGGCGGCAGCUUCAAACCCCGGAACAACAUUCAGGCUCUUUAAAUAACUGAGGAGAAAGUGAAGCCUUUGUAACGUACACAUGCACGCAAACAGUUAGACUCUCUUACAAUCCUUGCUCCUUUGAAGUCUAAUGUACGUUGAAGGACCCGCCCUCUAUUCGUAAAGAGUAAGGAGACGUACAAAUGUAGUCUGCGUAGUCCCCGGUGGGGUGGUCUACCUCUACCAGCGUCACGGUGUGGUUGGCCUGCCUAGAUUCGCUACAAGGUCGUCGGAGUGAGUGAGACCACAGCGCACAUAUAGCCUAAAGUCAGGGUAGUUUUGCCGGGUGCUGGAGCCCACACUCAUUAGAAAGCAGGAAUGAAAUAGGGGAUUCCCUCUGAAGUACUAAUAAAGAAAUUAAAUAAGGACCAGGGCCUGAUUUCUAUUGGGUAACAAGCUUGAAUCAAGGUCGGGACAAACUGAAAAAGCCUUUAAUUAGGCUGGUGAUUCUUGUCUCACUUAUGCUAAUCGUUGUUCCUCUUUUCAGGUUUGUGCAGCUUCAAAGAAAGUUUUAACCUUGUCGCCCGGUGCUCUUAAUAAACUUCGGGAAAAUGAAGACAAAAUAAACGAGUUAAAAGUGACCGCGUUUGACCGUGCAGUAACUCGAGGAAUGAGUCAAAGACGAGCUAAGGCUGCUGUUAUAAACAUUGAUGCAAACUGUACGAGGAUAGGAGAAGCAGUGGCCACAGCAAUGGAGACUAUGACAGCUGUGGACAGCGAUUAUAAGAAAAUCAAGGCGGCCAUGCUCUGGUGAUCUUACUUUACUUCCGUAAAUACAGAGAGUAAUAACGCCAACAAGACGUUAACGCACAUGUAGGUCGCCAAGGGGUAUGGAUGUUGCCUUCUUUGAUUCCGAAAUUGAGUACAGAUUUUUACGUUAGCGUGUAGGUCUUAAAGAGGGUACGAUUUUGUGCUCCCUUAAACCAGGAUCUACUGUUGAAUAUAUUUUUUAUCAUUCGUCCUUUACGAAAUUCAUUUUAGUCUUAAAUGGUGUCGAAAAAAAAAUAACAUAUUUUGACCUGAAAUAAGGUACUCCCUCUGGUGUUUAGAGUUAAGUUUUAAAAGGUAGCUUGAGAUAUAGUAUGUUAUGUACAGUGUAUGUAAGCUAAACUAUCUGCUUAAGAAUGUACAGAGCGCUCCCCUGUCAGCCACUUCGGGCCUCAGUAUAUGGGAAGUGACGAAGCAAUUACAGUAAAAAGCCGCGAGUCAGAGCCUGCAUUUUUCCAAGUUAGCCUGAAAAGGUUCAUUAGCACAAAUUUAGGCUUAAUUUGGGUUCUUAAAUAGGUUGUUAUUUUCUUAAAAGAUACAUGGAAGCACCGAAAUUUUGCUAGCCUGCAGUGCAGGCGUAUUUUGGGUGGGCGAAAGCUUGUUAAUCGGAUCGCUACGAUGAAGCCGCCAUCUUUGAUUCUAUGACAGAGGAAGAUUGGGGAGAGUAGAAAUAGUAACCCUUACGGUAGGUUCGCCCCAUUUCCUCCUCUCUUUGGGAGUUUCAACAUGGCGCUUUCGCGAUUAAAACCAUUC